AUCUCUUCUUCAACAACAAUUCUUCAUUUUCAAUUCAUAACAACAACAACAAAAAAUUUACAAAACUCAAACUCUCCUAAAGUUUUUAAUGGCUCUCGAGGCUCUCAGUUCACCGAGACUAGCUUCUCCGAUUCCUCCUGUGUUCCAAGAUUCUUCAAGAUUCCAUGGCGUCGAACAGUGGACCAAAGGUAAAAGAUCUAAACGAUCAAGAUUCGAUUUCAACCACCACAACCUCACUGAAGAAGAGGAUCUCGCUUUCUGCCUUAUGCUCCUCGCUCGCGACGGCAAUCGUCAGCUUCUUCCUCUUCCUCCGGUGACGGUAGUAGCUGAGAAGUCGUCGUUGCGCUACAAGUGCAGCGUCUGCGACAAGUCUUUCUCUUCUUACCAAGCCCUCGGCGGACACAAAGCCAGCCACCGUAAAAACGUGUCACAGACUCAUUCCGCCGGAGGAGAUGACCAGUCGACGUCGUCAGCUACGACUGCAUCCGCCGUGACGACCGGAAGCGGGAAGUCGCACGUUUGCUCGAUCUGUCAGAAGUCGUUUCCUUCAGGCCAAGCUCUCGGCGGACACAAGCGGUGUCACUACGAAGGGAAUAACAACACUAGUAGCGUGUCUAACUCUGAAGGAGCGGGGUCCACCAGCCACGUCAGCAGCAGUCACCGCGGGUUUGACCUUAAUAUCCCUCCGAUACCGGAGUUCUCUACGGUCAACGGAGACGACGAAGUGAUGAGCCCUAUGCCGGCGAAGAAGCCCCGGCUUGACUUCUUGGAGAAACUUAAUUAGGCCACCAGAUUUUUCAUAUGCUCUGUUUUGAGUUCUAUAGGGAUUUGUUGAUUGUAUAUACAAGUUUUCGGACUUUGAUUCAUUCCAAUUCUUGUUCUUUAUUCUUGAGUUAAAAGUUAUUACUACUAGACUCAUUCUUUAUCAACAUAUGUUUAGACAACA